ACUCCGUUCGAUUCAUCUAGGUAGGUUGAACGGGAUGGAAUAAAUAGGUGGAAUAUUCCCCGUCGGAGGUGUUGAGCGACAGAAACAAGAAGAAUGGCAAUUUCGUAACUUCAUCCUGAUUAAAAUGCGCAUUUAGGUAGUUGGUGAGGGUGUACCGUCGCAGAGCCGGAAAAGGAUAGCCAGGCAGAGACAAUGGAGGCCGUAGCCGUGUUACCGUCAUCGUGCGCCACUUCCUACUUCGAGCGCUCGCCGGUAACAAUCCACAACAAAACCCGCAGCUGCUUUUCCUCCACCUCAUGUGGCAGACUCAACCGUCGCGCCUCCACCAGCCACCUAGCAGCAUUCACCAAACACUCCCUUCUUUUCUCCAAAUUCUCAAUACGUCCUCCUCCUGCAAAAUCCCACGCCCGCCGCUCCGCCAAUGGCAUCUUCCUUCCUCACUUGGUCGCCUCCAUGGAACAAGUUGAAGAGACUUACAUUAUGGUGAAACCUGACGGUGUUCAGCGCGGCCUUGUUGGUGAAAUUAUUUCUAGGUUUGAGAAGAAGGGUUUUAGACUGACUGGCUUGAAGCUCUUUCAAUGCCCCAAGGAAUUGGCUGAGGAGCAUUAUAAAGACCUCAAGACCAAGUCAUUUUUCCCAAAACUGAUUAACUAUAUUACUUCAGGUCCUGUUGUGUGUAUGGCUUGGGAGGGUGUUGGUGCUGUGGCAUCUGCACGUAAGCUGAUAGGAUCAACAAAUCCUCUUCAAGCUGAACCUGGCACAAUAAGAGGGGAUCUAGCAGUUCAAACAGGAAGGAAUGUGGUCCAUGGUAGUGACAGCCCUGAAAAUGGCAAGCGUGAAAUUGCGCUUUGGUUCAAGGAAGGUGAAUUAUGUCAGUGGACGGCAGUUCAAGCUCCAUGGUUGAGGGAGUAAUCUUUUUCAGUUCUUUUCCAACCAUGCUAUUAACCUGCCAUCACAAUGUCAGUAUAAUUCAUAUGUGAGUUAUACAAUUCAAGAAGAGUCGUGAAAUUACAAUUUUCAGCUUAACUUUGAAAGAGAAAUGGAAGAAUAAAAAUUCUUUGGUUGCUAAAAAAAAAAACUCUUUUUGGUCUAUGUUGCCGAAUUUAAAAUGUUACCUCAGAAUUGACUCCAGAUAUUUGGUCCUAAUGAGAUUGAGAAGCUGUCUUUGGAACAAUCCGACCUUGCCUGUGCUUGCUUGGCCUGACCAAACAUUAGUUUUUUGAAUUCUUGAAAGAGUUGCCCUGUUUUGUCAUUAGGAUUGCACUGGACAGGAUCCAUUGGAUGGAGGGGAACAGCUGUAAUAUCUAGAGGCCUACUACCGUUCAUUGAUUUAAAUUA